AUGACGGUGUCUUCCAAUGCCGCAUUAUCACAUCUUAAAGCAAUCAAACCCAAUGAUGGUUGGUCUAUCAAGAGAGACAAGAAUGGUCUUCGAUUGUAUCGACGCAACGUGGCUUUGACCGACAAUUCAUUCGUGGACAUUCAUUAUUGCCUUGAGAACAAAGUGGUGGUGGGUCUCUUGACCAAGGCUGCCACGACUUGUCAAGUAUUGGUGACUCAAACUGGGCAACCAACGUCCUCCGUCCGAAGGUUUGUGUCCUGCAAGGAUACCUAUGAUCCAAACGACAACAGCAACAACAACAACGACAACGACAACAACAAUAUUAGUCCUGCGACAAUAACCACAAGCAACAAUACUGCGGAUAGAUUCACGCAACAUCGACGAGUCCACCAAUCGUCAAAUACAACAUCCGCCAACCACAACACCACGUUAUCACCAGAAGACAACCAAAUGAUAUUACGAUAUGGAGUCAUGGUUGUCCUUGCCAGUAUAGUAUUAAGAGCAAUGAGUUCCUCCAUGGUGCUAGUGAUUUACUUUGUCGGUCUUCCAUUGGUAUAUGUAUAUGCUCUUCAAACAUGUCCACCCGCCAGUACCUUUGAUGCCAAGAAGGAACUGAAACGCGUCUUACGAGGGCAUCACUUGCCUCAGGGUCAUCCGGAAAAGCCCAAGGGGUUCCUGGCCGAAAUGGCGACACGAGUGGCUGCCUCGGUGACGACCGAAUUGGCCACCAUGCCAGGGUAUCAAGUGUCCAUGCUGCCCUUUGGAGGAGCAGUCAUUUUGGUUGAUUUGGUAAUACCGACGGCUAAUACCCAACAUUAUUGGUUGGGUGCCUUUGGAAAAUGGCAUUAUGUAUAUUCUCGAAAAUACCAGUCGUCAUGA